AUCAGGUUAGUGUGCGCCGCGGGUGCUGGGGGCUCGAGCACCGAGCGGAGCUGGUUGAGCCUUCAAAGUCCUAAAACGCGCGGCCGUGGGUUCGGGGUUUAUUGACUGAAUUCCGCCGGCGCGGGAGCCUCUGCAGAGAGAGAGAGAGAGAGCGCGAGAGAUGGAAAUGGACAAACGGAUUCAUUUAGAGCUGCGGAACAGGACGCCCUCUGAUGUGAAGGAGCUCGUCCUGGACAACUGUCGGUCGAACGACGGCAAAAUCGAAGGCCUCACAGAUGAGUUUGAGGAGCUGCAGUUCUUGAGCACAAUCAACGUAGGCCUCACUUCAGUCGCAAACUUACCAAAGUUAAACAAACUUAAGAAGCUUGAACUAAGCGAUAACAGAAUCUCAGGGGGCCUGGAAAUACUGGCAGAAAAGUGUCCGAACCUCACGCAUCUAAAUUUAAGUGGCAACAAAAUUAAAGACCUCAGCACAAUAGAGCCACUGAAGAAGUUAGAAAACCUCAAGAGCUUAGACCUGUUCAACUGCGAGGUGACCAACCUGAACGACUACCGAGAAAAUGUGUUCAAGCUGCUCCCGCAGCUCUCGUACCUCGACGGCUACGACCGGGACGACAAGGAGGCCCCCGACUCGGACGCCGAGGGAUACGUGGAGGGCCUGGACGAUGAGGACGAGGACGAGGACGAGGAGGAGUACGAUGAAGACGCUCCGGUAGUGGAGGACGAGGAGGACGAGGAGGAGGAGGAGGAAGGUGAAGAGGAGGAUGUGAGUGGGGAGGAGGAGGAGGACGAGGAGGGUUACAACGACGGGGAGGUGGACGACGAGGAGGAUGAAGAGGAGCCUGGUGAGGAAGAAAGGGGUCAGAAGCGAAAACGAGAAGCUGAGGAUGAGGGAGAAGACGAGGACGAAGCGGAAUAACCUAUUUUGAAAAAUUCCUAUUGUGAUUUGACUGUUUUUACCCAAACCCCCCCAAAUCCUGCCCCCC